AAAUUUAGGCAACAACUGCAGAUGUGUUUUUUUUUAAAAGCCCAGAAUAACAUCAAAAAUGAUUUAAUGUGACAAACCGUAACAGCACAGCUAUGGACAUCAGGGCUGCUGCCGCUGUGCUUGAGUACCAGAGAAAUGUUGAGGAUGUGGGAGGGGAAACUUCAUUGUGAAAUGUCAACGUCUCACACAAGAACAAACAGCAAAGCACAGAGCCAUUAAAGUGGGCACAAUGUGAAUAUGUACAGUACUGUGGUUGAAGACAUGUUUUGAACACAGUGAACCAGUCAGUAAGGGGUAAUAAAGAAAACCUUUUUGCCUUUGUUUUUCUAUUUCCACGUCUCUACAGGGAGGUUACAAUAGAGACGAUGUUGGAGGAGGUUCAGCGAAUCCUGAGCAAAACCAACCUGUGAUUCUGUGUAAAAUACAGAUUCUGUAAUCACAAAUAUAGAACAUAAAGAAGACCUGAAUUGUGAAACUGUGAGCUACAAUCGCCUGCAACUACAUAGAAAUCCAGCAAAACAUGUUAAUUCUCUUAUUAAAUUAGGUCCAUACUCCCAAAUUUUGUCCUAAGUAAAACAAUACCUAUUACAGUUGAUGCUGCACACCAAGUUGGGUUCUAUGAGACUUCAGUGCGACCGAACCCCUGUGAAUAAACAAGAAGAGAAAAUCUAAGGAAACCUGCUUCCUGUUGAGGCAGUGACUUCAUUUCUUUCUUUUUUUUUUGCUAAAAAACAGAAAUGAAACACGAAAGGAGCAGCACAAAAAAACAUUAUUUCAUGUGGUUUCAUUUGCUUUCAGCCUUCGUGCUACUGAAUUUCAUUCAUAAUGUAGGGUUGGAUUUGGUAACCAGAACCUGGUUACUGAUGUUGGAUUUAAAUGACUUCUAUAUUCUGAGUUUUAACUUGACUUCACACAGGUGAUUAAAAUUUACCAAAUGAAUUAAUUAUGACUUAGGUGUGUCCUGUUAAAGAAGGUAGAUAGUUAUGCAAACAUGUUUGUUGUAUAUCACAUAAACAAAGAUGUGGUUUACUUUUUUUUGAAGUUGUCUGUUAAUCAGUUUCUAGAAAGCGUGAAAAAACAUUCAAUUGUAAAACAAAAAAUGCUCAUAUGAAAGGGUUGAAUAUUUUUCACAAGCGCUACAGUUUUCCUGUGAUCAAUCACGCUUCAAAGAAACGUGAAUUCAUAGUGGUUUUUAUGUUGCACAUAUACAAAAGAGAUCACGCAUCAGUGUGUGGAAGUACGGCUCCAGUUUUUACCCUAAACCAAACCUCGUCUAACCUCAUUACAGUUUUUCACAUCAGAUCAGUGAAUGUGAGUUACAGUCAGCCUGCUCGUUUCCUUCCUUCAAUACUUGACUCAGUUCAAGGAAACUGCUCCUGUUUGCAGAGUCUUGACCCGCCUUUAGAAAAUGAACAGUACAGUGCACACGUUGUAUGCUGUAUCCUCUCUAUAAUUUGCUUGAAAGAAGCAAUGAAGGACAUACUUGUACUCCUGGUUCUGCUGAAUGCCCAAACUAUCAAGGUCUGCUCUCAGCCCUAUCAGGCAGACUCAGAUGGAAACUGCCGCAACAAAACAACAGAAUACUUGCCUGAUGGUUCUAACCUGUGCUGCAAGAAGUGCCCCCCUGGGCACCGACAGAAAGAAGAGUGCACUGAAACUACUGACAGUGUGUGUGAACAAUGUCCACAAAGCCAGUACAUGGAGAGCUGGAACUAUGCUCAAAACUGCUUCUCCUGUCUCAAAUGCAAAUCAAGCAAAGGUUUGCAGGACGCCCAGAAAUGCUCCUCAACAACAAAGUCCAUGUGUAUAUGCCAGCCAGGCCGGUACUGCAUCAUGGGAUUUGAUGAUCUGUACUGUGCAGAAUGUCGAAAGUACAAAUCAUGCCCAGCUGGCUAUGGAGUAACUAGGCCAGGCGCAGCAGACUCAGAUGUGAGGUGUGAACGGUGCCCCAGUGGGACCUUCUCUGACUCUGUCUCCUCCACUGACCGCUGUCAGCCUCAUACUAACUGUGAUGGAGGGACUGUUGUUCACAAAGGCAAUGCUACCUCAGACACUGUAUGCGAAUGGCAGACCUCAACAAAACAUUUCAAGACUGUGUUCACGACCGCAAGUACAGUUAUGAGCACAGUUGCAACAGAACUGACGGCUCCACGUGGACCGAGAGACUCCACACAGUCUGCCUCACCUCCUGUUUCAGAGGACAAGUUCAGCAUUGCAACAAAAAGCCCGCAGCCAACCACAGAACCCGGCAGCGAACUGGCUGCAGUCAUUGCUGGUGUCACUGGAUUCCUUUUGUUUUUAAUCGCCCUCAUGCUGUUGUUCAUUUGUAGGCAAAUGCGGAAGAAAGAUGCUAAAAGGCUACAGGCUAAAGUAGAUGCAAAUGGAAACUGUGAGAGUGCUGAGAAGAUCAGCCAGUCUCAGAGUUAUUUGGGGGAAUCUCAGGUGACUUCGUUCACAGUUGCUUCACCAGAACAACAGUGUCUGCUGGAAAAAGGGGAAGCCAGCAGUGACCACAGUCAGUGCAGCAACAAUACUGAAACUUUAACUAGAACAGAUGGCUACAGCAGCCACGAGUCCAUCAGCCCUUUACAAUCCACUUUAGCUCUUGACAAUCCACAGUCUGUGCUGUCAGAGCCCAUGACUCUACUCUCCCACAUGGAGCCCAUCCCUCCCCAGCCCAGCAUCCCCACACAGCCCUCCUCUCAGCCCACCAGCCCACAGAUCAUCAGCCCCGUGACAACCAGCCCCCAGUUCAACGUCAACAUCACUUUGCACAUAGGUGGUGGGUCUUGUGGGGCACCGUCCAUCGUGCCUUCAGACUUGAUACAACCAGACUACAGGCUCCCUUAUGGAGAGGAGGAGUCCUUUGGCAACCCACAGCAAGAAGCUGGGAAACAGUCAGUGAUGUCUGUACAGGAGAGUGAAAGCUACAGUACAUGAAGAGUCAUCUGCAUGUAAGACUGACAAUUUCAAAAAAAAUCUUUGCCAUAGUACACGACUGAAAACAAUCUGGCUAAGCUAACAAAAUGCACUUACACUGUAGGUGUGGCAAAUUUAAUGAGGACAACAGACAGGCACAGUUCUUCUGUUCCCAUAUCAAAGUCAUUAACUGUUACUUUACAUGUUAAUAUGUGUAUAUAAAAUGCUGUAUAUAAAGAUGUAAAUACUGUCUUACCUUUAGUGCUUACCAAACAAGAAAAAAAUAAAAAGGAACAUAAAUAUAACUUGUUGUCUGCAAUGAUUAUAACAACAAGCGUCAAAUUUGUUAUUUCAACCUCCAACUUGUCCCAUAUAAAAUAUAGACAGCUGGUUUUGUAAAAUAUGCAAUUUGUGUACUUAUUUUUGAAAUGACAAAGUUGCAUAUAAUUAACAAAGAAUGUCUAUUUUGUGUGAAAGGAUUAUGGCUACUCUUAUUUGUUACAGAGGUCCUAAAAAGUAUUCAAACACCAAGAUUUUCAUACACUUUACGCUUCCUGAGGUCCUUAUUCCUUCAAUAAAAUGAGCUGAUCAACAUCAAUGUAAGAAAAACAGCAUCAGACAGUGACAUUCUCACCUCCACCUGGUUGGAAUUAUUCCCCUAGUCUUCCUCCACACAAUGUUUCUGCCAUCAGAUCCAUGUAAAUUGAAUUUGGACUCAUUCAAAAAUAACGCACGUCUCCAAAAGCCGCUGUCUUUCUGUGCAUGUUUGCUUGCAAAUUUAAUCCAAGCUGUCCUAUUCUUUGAGCUGUGAGUGUCGCUCUCCCUCUGUAGCCACACUCCUUGAUCCUAUUGUGAAUGGUCUGUGGACUGAGUUGUACCCGGUAAUUCUCAUUGAUCUCUGAAGCUAUCCGUGCUGUUGUUUCACGCCUGUUUGUUGCUGAUUUUGCUCACAAUUAUGCAGUCCAAUCUGCUGCUGGGCUUUCUAGGGCUGCCUGCGCACCACCUGUUCUCAGUCACAAGUAACCUCCAUUUUUGAACUUUCUGACAAAAUACCCAAGUGAAGACAACAGAUUUUUUUGCUGCUCUGAUGAAUUAUACAAACAAACAAUUCCUACUUUAUAUCUGAAUGUUUUGCAGUUGCUUUAAAGUAACCAGUUCCAAGGUAAUUUACAGUAAAGCAGCUGUUUAAACUCAAAGCUCCAAGCAGAGUAACUGCAACUGAAGUUCAACAUGUCAACAGUGGGCUAAAAAACUGAGCUUUUUUGACAUUUAUUGUGUCUUUUUCGAUGAAUCAUGUACUGGCUUAUCUGACAUUUUAUGAAAAACCCGAUGAAUGUAAGACAUUAAAGCUGCUGUCCGGAGUUUCCGUUUGUUUUCAAUUUAUGUAUCAUUUUUUAACAAAGCUUAAAUGUGUUAGUCUAGUUCGAUACUAUAAUAUAAAGUUAGUAUAACGCGAUAUGAAAAUUUAUUCCUGAGCUCCGCCUUCCUCUCAUAGACCCCCAUGUUAUUCCAAAAAGCGCCGGUUGCUGCCGACCAAUCAAGUUCGAGCUUCAGCUUUGUCAUGCUGUCAAUCAACGGUUACGCGCACAGCAAGCAAGCCCAUGCAGAGGUGGGCGAGCUACGCACUACGCAACCGCGCGCACAUUUGUUUUGCUUGUGGAGGAGAGAGCAUCAGGGAUCAGCAACUUCCAGAAAAGUUACCAAUCCCACGGCUUGUCAGGCCAAGAGACUGCAGGACGUUUUUUGGCUCGGGGUGCUCGCGUCGCUCCCCGACCACGGCCUCCAUAGCCCGCCUGCGGGCUUCGUUUAGAUGCUGUGGUCGGGGUGCUCGCCUCGCUCCCCGACCACGGCCUCCAUAGCCCGCCUGACGGCUUCGUUUAGAUGCCCGACCUCUGGAGGAAGAUGUUGGGGCGUCUGGGACAUACUCUUCGUCAGAGGAGUCAUGCAAUUCUGAACUCUAGAUAGAAAUAAAUAAACAAUCUAACACAUAUACACGCGUAAAUGCACUAAGUUUGAUAAACAACGUCAUCGAGAGGGAUACACGAGUGUAAUCACAUAUUGAAACUUUACUCGUUCGUCCUAGCAGAUUCAUGUUAUUUUGGUAUUAGGACAAGUUAGACUCAAUACAGCAUUCUAACGUAAUUCCUUUAUUAUUUACUAAAGGUACUAAAUGCAGAAGAGGGGAAAACAGCAAAACAGGCAAGAUGCUGCAGCACUCCGGG